AUGCUUCCUCCAGCAUUGAACAUUCCAAAAUGGCUCGAAGAGAAUUCACACCUUCUCCAACCACCAGUAAACAACUACUGUGUUUAUCAUCCCUCAUCCCCGGCCACAGCCGGCUACACAGUGAUGAUAGUGGGCGGGCCCAACGCCCGAACAGACUUCCACAUUAAUACCACACCUGAGUUUUUCUACCAAUACCGAGGCUCAAUGCUCCUCAAGACUGUCGAUACCUCAACAACACCUCCUACAUUCCAAGAUAUCCCCAUCCACGAAGGUUCGAUCUUCUUACUGCCCGCGAAUACACCCCACAGCCCCGUGCGUUUCAAGGAUACCGUCGGUGUUGUUAUGGAACAGCCCCGCGUUGAGGGUGCAUUGGAUAGUAUGAGAUGGUAUUGCAGGAACUGCAAGGAGAUUGUCUGGGAGAAGCAAUUUGUGUGUACGGACCUAGGGACGCAAGUCAAGGCUGUUGUUGAGGAAUUCGCAGCCGAUGAGGAGAAGCGGAAGUGCAAGGGUUGUGGAGAGAGUGCGGCGACGAGAUACCAGGAUGGAGAGAUUGUCCAGCCAUGA